AUGGUAGCGACAUCUUCAAAGAGGACGUUGGAUCCGAAGGAGGAACAUUUGCCUGCUGACAAAACAUCCACUAAUUCAAGCAACACUAUAAUAUCUGAGUUGGCAACACAAGAGAAAUCCAGCUCUAGUGGUACUACACUAAAAUUAAUAGCUCUUAAUAUCAAGUCCAUAUCAGAUGAAGAUGUGGGAUAUAUCCAAAAUGUUGAAAGACUGUCUUUAAGGAAAAAUCACUUAACAUCCUUACCAGCGAGUUUCAAGAGGUUAUCAAGGCUGCAAUAUCUGGAUUUGCAUAAUAACAAUUUUAAAGAAAUCCCAUAUAUUUUGACACAAUGCCCUCAAUUAGAGAUCUUGGAUCUGUCCUCCAAUGAGAUUGAAGCAUUGCCAGAUGAAAUAUCAUCGUUUUGGCAAGAUAAUAUUCGUGUAUUAUCAUUGAAAGACAACAACGUUACUAGCAUACGUAAUUUGAAAUCGAUCACAAAAUUAAACAAGCUGAGCAUCUUGGAUUUAGAGGAUAAUAAAAUACCCAAAGAAGAGCUUGACCAAGUACAGAGUUAUACUCCAUUUCAUACGGGCAUCCCCAAAGAAGAAUAUUGGGCAAUUGCGAUAUCACGAUAUCUAAAAGAUCAUCCUAACCUACCUACUCCAGAACCUAAAAUAUCUAGAGCAGCGAAAAGAAUGGGAUUCAUAAAUACGAACUUGUCUAAUGGAGCAAUGAAUGAAAACAAUAUAAUUUCACUUGCCCCAAGUGCAAAUACAACUAUAAGUGCAUCUACUGCAAUGGUCUCAUCUAAUCAAACCUCUGCAACAUCUUUCAGUGGUACAGUCAAUGCAGAAUCAGAACAAAGUGGGGCAGUGAAUGGUACGGAACUAUACAAUCACACCAAAUAUAAUGACUACUUCAAGAGGUUGUCGAUUUUACCAGAAGAGUCAAUGAGUAACGGGCAUCAAAAAAUAUCGCAUGCAGAGUUGGUUGUUUCCUGUCGGAAGCUCCUAUUUAGUUUUACAGAAUGCCAACAAGCUAUCAGAAAAAUCGCCUCUUUCUGUAAAGAGAAGGCCGUAGCGGUUAAUGUAGUAUCAUUAUUAUACUCUGUCAGAUCACAUACUGAUAAUCUGGUGGAGGUCUUGCAGCAAACAGAGAACGAAGACGAAUCGCAUGAUCAGGCGUUAAUCAAGCUGUGCCUCACUAUCAUCACAAAUUUUAAACAAAUUAUAACAUUGUUGAGAAAAAAUUUUGAGAUUUUUUUCAAAGAAGACGAUCUAUGCUUCAUAAGGAUGUUUUAUAUGACAUUAAUGUGUGCUUAUAUGGAAAUGUAUAAUGCAUGGUCUUUUAUCAAAGAAGAUGAUCAAGUGUCCGGUUCUGCAAGUAAGGCACCCAAGAAACAUUCUUUUUCGAGGCACGAGACAUCGUCCAGUAGUAUCACAAGCGGUGGAGGACCCGCAGCAAGUACGACCAGUACACAUUGUAGCGGAAACAUAAAAUUACUGCCGAAAACAAGGAGCACAAGAACACCAUCUGCAUCUGCAUUGCUUUCAAAUAGUAAUAUUCUGACGGGUGAUACCACUGCUGUUCCUCUUUUAUCACCAAAUCUAAAUGGUGCACACACCCAUGGUCCAAUUUUGGGACACCAAAAUGCAAUAAGCAAUGGAAGUUCUCAAACGAACAUGAAUGAAGUAAAAACUACUAGCGAUACUAUUCCAAGGCAACAGCUGCUUCAGCACAAUAAAUCCAUCAGCGAUUCGAAAAAAGAGUCACAGGCGCAUGAACCUAAACAGCAUCCGGUUAUGACUUCUUCAAUAAUUAACGCAUCAAAUAGUAAUAACGUCUCGAAUGUUAAUAUAACCCCACCACCGAUGAAUGGUGGUGGUGCCGCGAACAGUAGUGCUAAUGUAGUGGAGACAAAUAUUGACAUUCAACUGUAUCAAACGUUGUCCACAGUAGUUAAAAUGGUGAGCGUUGUAUAUAACCAGUUAACUUCAGAGAUAUCCAAGAUAGCCAUUGCUAGCACCAUGGGAAAGCAAAUUUUGACGGACUCGCUAGCACCUAAAAUUCGUGAUUUGACGGAAACAUGUCGUCAAGCGAUGGAUUUAUCCAAACAAUUGAAUGAAAGGUUAAAUGUAUUAAUACCGAACGAUUCAAAUUCAGAGAAGUAUCUGACAUCUUUGGAGAAGCUGAAAACGUGGGAGAUAAUGAAUUCGUUCUUAAAAGUAAUAAUAUCAAUUCUGGCUAAUACUAAAAUCGUAAUGAGCGACGUGCCUAAUUUGAAUGAGCUGAGACCUAACCUAGCCAACUUGGCGAAGAUUACCAAGGAUGUCACUGUGAUAUUGGACUUGAGUUCAUACAAGGCUGUAUCAGUAAGCGCCAACUCUCCGGAGUAA